GACUAUUUAAGGGCCGGUGAAGUCGCUCAUUCUAGCCGACUCCGCCAGGAAGCCACUAUGAAGGCCUUCUAUGUCAUCGCCAUCGCUCUGGCGCUUGUCGCCCAGAGCAGCGUCGCCGAACGCGCAGACGAGCCUGUUGAAGAAACCAACCUACUUCAUGCUUUUCCUCGGCCGUGGCCCAGGCCAUGGCCCUCUCCCGGACCCUGGCCUCUGCCUGAGCCAAUUGAUUACUCACUACAAGAACACGAGCCUGUUGAAAACACCAACCUACUUCGUGCAAUUCCUCGGCCGUGGCCCCGGCCAUGGCCUUCUCCCGGACCCUGGCCUCUGCCUGAGCCAAUUGAUUACUCACUACAAGCAGACGAGCCUGUAGAAAACAGCAACCUACUUCGUGCAAUUCCUCGGCCGUGGCCUCGGCCAUGGCCUUCUCCCGGACCCUGGCCUCUGCCUGAGCCAAUUGAUUACUCACUACAAGAUCUGCCACAAACUGUGAUCUCUGCAGAGGAGGAAACAAAGACAAGGCAACGCCGCGCUGCUUCUCCCUGGCCUGUCAGGCCCUGGCCUCACCCCUGGCCGCAGCCCUGGCCCCAACCGUGGCCACAACCUUGGCCUUAUCCCCAGCCUCGACCAUGGCCUCAACCCUGGCCUCUACCUGAGCCAAUGGCUUAUACACUGAAAGAUAUGCCAAUGUCGAAAAUUUCUGCCGAGCAGCAACCCAAACAAAGGCAGCGCCGUGCUUCUUCUAUUAUCAGACCUCGGCCUCAACCCUGGCCUCAACCUUUGCCUCAACCCUGGCCUCAACCCCAGCCCUGGCCUCGUCCGCUCCCAAUUCCUUUGCCUCACCCCUGGCCCAUUGAUUACCCAAGAAUGUUUCCCUGACCAGCGCCUCGGUAAACUAAAAUAAAAUGC